AUGUGGUUGGUAAGCUUCCCCUCCCCCCAACGACCAGUUAGUCGCCCCACCGUCCCCCAACGACCAGCCAGCCUCCUCCACCGUCCCCCAACGACCAGCCAGCCUCCUCCACCGUCCCCCAACGACCAGCCAGCCUCCUCCACCGUCCACCAACGACCAGCCAGCCUCUCCACCGUCCACCAACGACCAGCCAGUCUCCUCCACCGUCCACCAACGACCAGCCAGCCUCCUCCACCGUCCCCCAACGACCAGCCAGCCUCCUCCACCGUCCACCAACGACCAGCCAGCCUCUCCACCGUCCACCAACGACCAGCCAGUCUCCUCCACCGUCCACCAACGACCAGCCAGCCUCCUCCACCGCCCACCAACGACCAGCCAGCCUCUCCACCGUCCACCAACGACCAGCCAGCCUCCUCCACCGUCCACCAACGACCAGCCAGCCUCCUCCACCGUCCACCAACGACCAGCCAGCCUCCUCCACCGUCCACCAACGACCAGCCAGCCUCUCCACCGUCCACCAACGACCAGCCAGCCUCCUCCACCGUCCACCAACGACCAGCCAGCCUCCUCCACCGUCCACCAACGACCAGCCAGCUUCUCCACCGUCCACCAACGACCAGCCAGCCUCCUCCACCGUCCACCAACGACCAGCCAGCUUCUCCACCGUCCACCAACGACCAGCCAGCCUCCUCCACCGUCCACCAACGACCAGCCAGCCUCCUCCACCGUCCACCAACGACCAGCCAGCCUCCUCCACCGUCCACCAACGACCAGCCAGCCUCCCCACCGCCCACCAACGACCAGCCACCUCCCCCCCCCCUCCGUCCCACCAAGUAG